UGCGAGAAGUUCUUCGACGUGACCAUCGAUUCAUACAUUUGUCCGCAAACUGAUUGUCACAAGUCUUACGGCACUUGGCUUAGAGUUAGAGAGCAUUUGUUUCGCACGCAUGCGGACGAUAGGGUGGUCUGUGUCCACACGGACUGUCAUAAAGUGUUUAAAUCUGUGGACCACAUGAAGGAACACCUCAAGCACUUCCACACCGUGAGGGUUAAGGCAUUCAAAUGUGAAUUCGAUGGCUGUGUCUACGAGUGCACCACAAAAUACCUUUUGAAUAAUCAUUUGGAAACGCAUUCCUCUGAGAGACUACAUGUCUGUAAAGUCAUUGGUUGUCUCAAGACAUUUAAGACCAAAUCGUGUCUUUACGAUCACCACCGGACACACAGUGAUGUCCCCCGAAAGGGAUGUCGUAUCGACGGAUGUAAUGAAAAGUUUUUCUCAGAAAGUACUUUAAUUAAGCACAGGGUUAGUGAACACGGGUUUAAGCCAAAAGUAUGGGAGCCUAAGCUACGGUCAUGCGAGUGGCCCGGAUGUGACUACAGCACCAGGAGAUCUGAUCUCAUGACCAAACAUAAGCGCUCGCAUACCGGUGAGCGCCCGUAUGCGUGCGAUUGGCCUGAAUGUGGAAAAUCAUUCAAACGAAUCGAUGAUUUGAAAGACCACAAGAAUAUUCACAAUAAUGUCAAACCAUAUGCGUGUCUUUGGCCCGGAUGUCAGUAUAGGUGCAGUAAUAACUCAAACCUUUACAAACAUAAUAAGCAAACAUUGAUUUCAUCCCAAGACAGACAAGAGUUCGUUGAGUUAUUGCAGACACAAGAAGUGGUGACCACUGAUGACAUUAAGCCAUUACAAGACUCUGAAUGGGAUGAGACUACGAGCGAAACAAAUGGUCAUUUGAACCGAAAAACUGUCAAAACGACUAAAAUGUUGACUAAAAAUAACAAAUUAAUAAACCGUAAGAAAUUGAUGGAUACGAGGGAUAAGUCGUUUAAAUGCGAUUACAAUGACUGCCAAUACAUCUCUACAUCCAAACACCUGCUGAAGGCUCACAAGAAAAGUCAUUCAAAAGUCUCAACCAUUGAAUCAAAGCCUAAGAAAAGGAUUUCAAAAUUUAAUCGAUUAUCACGUGAAGAGUGCGAGAAGUUGUUGGAUGUGACCACCGAUUCAUACAUUUGUCCGCAAACUGAUUGUCACAAGUCUUACGCCACUUGGCUUAGAGUCAGAGAGCAUUUGUUUCGCACUCAUGCGGACGAUAGGGUGGUCUGUGUCCACACGGACUGUCAUAAAGUGUUUAAAUCUGUGGACCACAUGAAGGAACACCUCAAGCACUUCCACACCGUGAGGCUGUGUCUACGAGUGCACCACAAUCACACGGACUGUCAUAAAGUGUUUAAAUCUGUGGACCACAUGAAGGAACACCUCAAGCACUUCCACACCGUGAGGGUUAAGGCAUUCAAAUGUGAAUUCGAUGGCUGUGUCUACGAGUGCACCACAAGAACCCUUUUAAAUCAACACUUGGAGACACAUUCAUCUGAGAGACUAUAUGUCUGUGAAUUCAUUGGUUGUCUCAAGACAUUUAAGACUCGCACGUGUCGUAACGAACACCACCGAACCCACAGUACUGUCCCCACCGUUAGAUGUAGUGUCGAGGGAUGCGAUGAAAUAGUUAGUGAACACGGGUUUAACCGUCGAGUGCGGGAGUAUAGGCUGCGGUCAUGCGAAUGGCCCGGAUGUGACUUCACUACUAAGAGAAACAUAUUGCUUACCAAACAUAGGCGCACUCAUACCGCGUGUGAACACGGGUUUAACCGUCGAGUGCGGGAGUAUAGGCUGCGGUCAUGCGAAUGGCCCGGAUGUGACUUCACUACUAAGAGAAACAUAUUGCUUACCAAACAUAGGCGCACUCAUACCGGUGAGCGCCCGUAUGCCUGCGAUUGGCCUGAAUGUGGAAAAUCAUUCAAACGAAUCGAUGAUUUGAAAGACCACAAGAAUAUUCACUAUAAUCUCAAACCAUAUGCGUGUCAUUGGCCCGGAUGUCAGUAUAGGAGUAGCAAUGGGUCCAACAUUUACAAACACAAUAAACAAGUGCAUCUGAAAAAA